AUGGAAUUUAUGACGGUAACUGGCCGGUCGACGCCUCCACUCCCUACCACUUACCCUGGAACUGCGGAUCCCCUACACCAGCAAUUUUCAGAGAAUGCCCCACUGUACUUCGACGAUAUUCUAAAAGACUAUGACGACCCGGUGUUGGACUUUUCAAGGUUCAUGGAUAUGGUGAGUUCGGAUUUUGACUGGAGCACAAUAAACCCGGGCAUGGGGACCAGUCACCAAGAAGUCCAGCCUACGGUCCUAAUGAAUGCUAUGCCCUCGGAUCAGAUGGACGUGACCCCACCUGAUAGUCGUCCAAGAGUACCCGAUGGUGCGACUGAUAGCGACGACUUUCAAGAGCUGAAGCCCACGCUGGAUCCCUGGGUUGUCAGCGAAGCUCAACGAACUGCGAUCACACAAUCACUGGCUCCAUUCCAGACCUCACUGGGUGACUUCAAGCUCCCAUCUAGGUCCGCUCUUGGGCGGUAUGUGAAGGGCUACGUAGACGGCUAUAGCAAUCAUCACCCCCUCGUUCACAUCCCCACGCUCAGUAUCGCCUCCCCAGAAAGAAGCCCAGAGUUUGUCCUGGCGCUUCUAGCAAUGGGCGCGCAUUAUCGAUACGAAACAAAAAUGGCUCGCCGGCUGUACCACGCAGCUAGGUCAGUUGUUGCUGAGCGUCAGACUCGCGGCGGACCACUCUCGAGUUCGGCUAAGGCCGGUGUAGCCGGGCAUGAUGCAAUGGACCGACUGCGCGCAUUAGUCCUAGUGGCGACGUUCGCAUUGUCCCAAAAGAACAGUGAUUUCAUCUGCGAGUCUCUGGAGUGUCAAGGAUGGAUUGCCUCGCUUCUUCGUAGCGUUCCUAUGCCAGAUCACAACCACGCCAAGAUCGGAGAUAAUUGGCGGCAGUGGGCCUCGGCCGAGGAAGACAUACGCACCAUUUUCAGCGCAUACUGUCUCCUGAUGAAACAAACGAUCUUGUACGACACCCCUCCGAUGGUAUUGAGCCAUGAGCUUGAUCUCCCUCUGCCCUCCUCGUGCCGGGAAUGGAUAGCCGCGACGCCAUCGGAAUGGCUCGCUGCUCGGGCCACAGUGCCACCUGCUAUCUCUUUCAGGGAAUGCCUCCGCUCACAGCUAGCCACCACCCAGCCCCAAGUUCCGGCUCCAUCACUCUCCCCAAUGGGGAACUACAUUCUCAUUCAUGCGCUCCUCCAAAGAAUCUAUCUGGCAAACUCCCUCUCGCAGGACGUAGACCGUCCCUCCCUCUCCGCCGCAGAAACCGACGGCCUCCAGCGGGCUCUUAACAACUGGCGAAUCACCUGGAAGGCGUCCCCGGACACCGCUCACGAUCUGCAUGACACCUACGGUUCCAUGGCCUUUGCCUCCACCGCGCUGCUGGGCAUGGCUCACGUCCGGCUGCAGUGCAACCUGGGCCCCUGGCGACAGCUGCAGAGCUGUGACCCGCAGACGGUCGCCGCGAAACUCCACGCGUGUCCGCUACCGGAGCGGAGCCCCCAUUUGCCCCACGCCCUCCUGCACUCGAUCCACGCGCUCCGCAUCUCCGUCCACAUGGGCGUCGCGUACUUCUCAACGCGCCAGUCGUUCUCGUGGAGCUUGUACCAUGUCUUCUGUGGACUGGAGUUUGCGGUUUUCACCAGUAAAUGGCUACACGUAGUGGCUCAGAAUUGCGGCAGCGUGCCCCUCACUGACUAUGAACGACAGAUCAUCCAAUGGAUCAUCCGAGCGGUGCGUGACGGUUUGGAGUCCCACGAUGAGACGGCCGGCGACGAGUACCAGAUCGAGGACGAUGAUCUCCGCCGCCCACAGGAAACGAUUCGCUUCCUGAAAUUCGCAGUGCCAAAGCUGUGGGCGCAGAUGUUUAUCGCCUGUAACAGCCCUUGGCCUAUUGCUCGCAUGAUUGGGGAGAGCUUGGAGCAUUACGCCAACCUAGUGAGAGAUGAAGUCUGAUUAAAAGGGCCGCUUACUUCGUCGACAAUGAUAAUGAUGUUGCGCGUCCGUCUGUAUUGGGUAGGGCUUUCGAGACGAAGUUUUAGAGGUUGUUUCAC